AUGUUCCGUUUCUUGCUCUCCACCAAUUCUUUGAGAGCCCAUUUCACUGCAGCGCUACCGGGUAUACCACAACAAAGCACACAGCAGAAAUACAGUAUGACGGGAGCCAACAAAGAUGAGAGUCAAAUGUACCAAGACCUGACGGGAUUUUUGGUAGCCGAACGAGUGGAUCUUCGUCUGGCGGCCACCGAGGCCGUAUUGCAAGUCCGCGAUGCCGAAGGAAUGGAAAAAAUGAUUGCCAAUGGUCUGGUCAAGCCGUUGGCCAAGAAUUUCAAUCAUUCCAAUCCGACCAUUGGCGUCAAUGCCUUGCAAGCCAUGGUCCUGAUUUCCUCGAAUUCAUCCACCAGCCAUAAAUGCUUGGAAGAACUCUUGUUGGCCGGAGGGAUCAAUCGUGUCAUGGAAGUCAUUUUGAGUGCUCCUCCACCCGCUACUACUACGACAAACGACAACAAUCCUCUCGUCGAAUGGAAAAAACGCGUCAAUUUUGCACUGGCCAUUUUGGCCAAUCUCACGCGGGAUGAAGUGGGUGCGGUCGAAUUGGUGGGAAAGACACUCCCCGAAAAAGCCGUAGCACCGGAAGCAUUGACACCGGAAGAACGGGAAAAAUUACCCACCAAACCCUUGUUGGAACUCAUGUUGUCGCGGUUUUUGCGAGACGAAUUUUGUAGUCCUCCACCCCAAAAAGACACGACAAAAAUAAUGACGAUGAUGACAAUAUUGCCCACUGUUAACAAACGACAAUGA